GGAUGUGGGCAGAGAGCUCUGGCCACGGGGCUGGCAUUGAGACUUCCCAAAAGACACUGCCUGCAAGAACCGGCCCCUAGACCUCGUCUUCAUCAUAGACAGUUCCCGUAGUGUCCGACCUGAAGAGUUUGAGAAAGUGAAAAUCUUUUUGUCAAAAAUGAUUGAUACUCUGGACGUGGGUGAAAGAACAACCCGUGUGGCGGUCAUGAAUUAUGCUAGCACUGUCAAGGUAGAGUUUCCCCUCCGGACCUACUUUGAUAAAGCAUCUAUGAAGGAGGCAGUGUCUCACAUUGAGCCCUUGUCUGCUGGCACGAUGACCGGCCUCGCCAUCCAAACGGCCAUGGAUGAAGUCUUCACUGAGGAAAUGGGCACCCGGCCAGCGACCUUCAAUAUCCCCAAGGUGGUCAUUGUUGUGACAGAUGGACGACCACAAGACCAGGUUCAAGAUGUGGCAGCAAGCGCCCGGGCAGCCGGCAUUGAGAUCUACGCAGUUGGGGUAGACCGGGCAGACAUGCAGUCCCUGAGGAUAAUGGCCAGCGAACCACUGGAUGAACAUGUCUUUUAUGUGGAGACCUAUGGUGUGAUCGAAAAGCUGACAUCCAAAUUCAGGGAGACUUUCUGUGCUGCGAAUGCCUGCGCGCUUGGGACCCACGACUGCGAGCAGCUCUGUGUGAGGAACGGCGGAUCCUACCUUUGCGAUUGCUAUGAAGGCUACGCUCUCAAUCCAGAUAAGAGAACCUGCUCAGCUGUGGACAUGUGUGCACCUGGAAGGCAUGAGUGUGAUCAGAUCUGUGUGAGCAACAACGGAUCCUAUGUCUGUGAAUGCUACGAAGGCUACACCCUGAAUCCAGAUAAAAAGACUUGCUCAGCCAUGGACAUGUGCGCGCCUGGCAGGCACGACUGCGCCCAAGUCUGUCUGCGUAAUGAUGGAUCCUACAGCUGCGGCUGCUUUGAAGGUUACACUCUGAAUCCAGAUAAGAAGACUUGCUCAGCUGUCGACAUGUGCGCAGCCGGGAGGCACGACUGCGAGCAGGUCUGCCUGAGAGAUGACCUGGUCUAUGCCUGUGCCUGCUACCAAGGCUACACCCUGAACCCAGACAAGAAGACUUGCUCAAGAACUGAUGUAUGUGCACCAGGAACCCAUGACUGUCAGCAGGUCUGUGUGAGUAAUGGUGGAUCAUACACCUGUGACUGCUAUGAAGGCUUUACCUUAAAUCCAGAUGAGAAAACAUGCUCAAGAGCCGUAACGAGCAGUCUUACAACAACUGAAGAAUCCUGUAAGUGCGAAGCCAUAGCUGCCCUGCAGGACUCAGUCACCUCACGCCUUGAAGCUCUGUCCACAAAAUAUAUCCUUUUUCUUACAUGA